AUGGUCCAGCUCACGAUGUCCCGAGACUGGAUCGGUAUCAAGCCACCAUCUUCAAGACCGACAAAACUGUUAGAUUACGCCUGUGGUGAUGGCGUAGCGUCUCGGGCACUUGCACCAUUCAUGUCUACAGUGAGAGGCAUGGACAUAGCGUCAGGAAUGGUAGAGCAGUAUAACAAACUGGCACUGAAAGCAGGCUAUACCUCGACAAAAAUGCGAGCUGUUCAGGCCGAUCUUAUCGAUCCCGAGUUGACGCCGUCUCCGGAGAUUGACACGCCAGGAUUCUUUGAUUUUGACGUGGUAGUCAUGUGUAUGGCCCUUCAUCAUAUCGAAGAGCCGGAUAACAUGAUAUUGCAGCUCUCAAAACGCCUGAGGCCAGGAGGAAUCUUACUUAUCAUUGACUGGGUUAACACAUAUCCACUUCAGAAGAGCAGAGUUCUCCUGCAUCUUGCUCCAGGCCACAUGCUCUGGAGCUUACCACAUAAAUCCAACCAUCAUAUCAACACAACCGCUCAGAUCACAAGACUCAACAUGAAGCCCAAAGUUCUUCUCACGGCUGGUCUCGCUGCAGUAGCCAUAGCCGACCAAUGGCCGAUGGCCAAGGAGAAAUGCGGUCGUCUUGGACCCAUGGAAUGGGAUCCCAAUGAUCUUCCUCCCGAUUUUAAUGUCAUGAACAUUCGAAUGUGCGCCGAUCAUCCUAUGGGAGCUGGAAACUACUGGGGAUGGGGCGAAUAUCUUCCUGACUGGUUUCCUCGCAACCCUUUUGCUGAUAUGGAGAUCAAUUGGCUUUGGUGGCCUUAG